AUGGCUUCUCCAAGGUUCUCUUAUUCCUAUUUCCAUAUUUCCAAGAGCAACGGUGUAGCAACAUCCGCUCAACAGCAGAGAGCUCUACGCCUCAAAGCCCUACAAACAUCCCCAAAUUCAUUCUCAUCAACCUAUGACCUUGAAUCCAAAUUCACAAACACCGACUGGCAAACUCUGAUCACAUCCCCUGACCGGAUAAUCUUCAUCUGCGCCGCCACACCACUCAACCCCGAUGACUCAACAGCCGGUGAACCGCAAUGGGUCGGACAAGUGACUCUACGAGGACCAAUGUCCAAACAAGACUUCGAACUACCCGAAGAAGCAGGCCAGCCAGCCCAAAAACCCGACGACCAAGAAGAGCGAUGGCAAAUGCUAAGUCUAUUCACGCUCCCCGAGCACCGGGGCCAAGGCCUCGGUGCCAAAUUGUGUCAGAGUGCUAUGGAUUAUCUGCAAUCCUACCGUUCUGCGCCACAGGGCGUUCAAGUCCGGCUUAUCAUUAAGGCUGGGAAUCUUGGGACGAUCAAGUUCUAUGAGAGGCUUGGCUUUACUUCGGCGGGGAUGGCGACCCUUGUUGAAGCUCUUAUUGCGAAUGGUGAUGAGAGUCUUUUGCCGGAGGACUUGAGUGGAGCGAAAUGGACGGAUAGAUAUGGAUUGAUUAUGAUUACUCGGCUGGUGCGUUGCUGA